AUGAAAACCAUCGUGGACGAUCCAGAGGGAUUCUUUGAGCAGGGAGGAUGGUCCUUUCUCGACCCGGAGAGCGAGGGCGAGGGAGGAGCGGAGGAGUCUGAGUCUGAGAUGGAAGACGAGACGUUUAAUCCUUCAGCCGACGAAGAUGAGGAGGAAGAAGAAGACAGCGACGAAGACUACAGUGACGAGAGCGAGAACACUGAUUACAGUGCGUCUAUGGGCAGUGAAGAAGAGAGCGGGAAAGACUGGGAUGAACUUGAAGAAGAGGCCAGAAAAGCCGACAAAGAGAGCACCCACUACGAGGAGGAAGACACGUCGAGCAAGAAAAGGAAAGGGCGCCCUGCUCCCCCUCCUCCCAGCAAAAAGAAGCGACGACAUUAA